AUGGCGGCGGCCUCUCAUCUUCACAUAACCCCAAACGCUAAAACCCCAACACCGUCUCCCCAAACCCCUCCUCCUCUCUGGUUCUCUCCCACCACCGGAAUCUACACCAGCAAACACCCCUCCAUCCACCUCCCCAUCGACCCAAAUCUCUCCGCCGUCUCCGCCCUCUUCUCCCACAUCCACAACAUCCAAAACCCUUCCUCCCCCGCCUUCAUCGACUCCUCAACCGGAUUCUCAAUCUCCUACACCGAGCUCAAGGCCAUGAUCGAAUCAAUCGCCGCAGGGAUUCACCAGGAACUAGGUAUCCGACAAGGCGACGUCGUUUCCCUCGUCCUCCCUAACUCCCUCUACUUCCCUCUCCUUUUCCUCUCGUUGAUCUCCCUAGGCGUUGUUGUCACAACAAUCAACCCUUCGAGUAGUCUGGGAGAGAUCAAGAAGCAGGUUAGUGAGUGUAACGUUGCCUUAGCGUUUACUUGUGGUGAAAGUUACGUAAAGUUGGGUUCUUUAGGUGUUGUGGUCAUAAGGGUACCCGAAAGUUACGAUCUUGAUACGAUUCGUGUCGAAAAUCCAAAGUUUUACUCAAUCAUCAAAGGAGAGUUUGAUUUUGGAGUUGUGUCAAAGCCUCUGGUUAAGCAAGAGGAUGUAGCUGCGAUUAUGUAUUCCUCUGGGACUACAGGAGCUAGUAAAGGAGUUAUGUUAACUCACGGGAACCUGAUUGCGUCUAUGGAGCUUUUUAACAUUAUAGCCAACCAUUUGUAA